ACUCGCUCACUCUGCGCAGCAGACACAAGAGAGUGAGCCUCGGCGAGGAAGUGCACUUAAGAAGACACCGAGACAAAAGAGAGACCAUUCAAAACAAUCCUGUGGACAUUUUUCAAACAGGAUCUUACAUGACAGCUGCUCUAAGGGGAACAAAUACAUCGAGAGAUUUAGAACCAUCGAUUGCCUGCUAUUGGAAUUGUGCUUUUUAUUGUUAUUGAUUUUUUACAACACUUUUUUAAAUCUCUGGAUAUUUCGAAAUUUUCCUUUCGUUUUGCUGUCUUUAUCGCUAAGAUGAUGCGCUAACGCGUUUAUGCCGCAGCGGAUAUGUCUGACACGUCCAGCAGAGAGCAAACGCCGGGCCGGGGAAGCGGAGAGAGCGCCGGUGGCGGAGCUGUCUUGCGCUCCGGGCACUUUGACUUCCCUCAGCCGAGCGAUGGGGACCCGUUAAGGGGAGGGAUUUCCAUGUCGAAUAGUCACCAGUCGAGGUCACCGAUGUGCCGAACCUUCUCCAGGUCCUCUAGUGGCUAUUUUUCCGUCGACAGCGAUUCUGUGCCAAGUUCCCCGCUAAUGCCCAAUAUUUCCGAAGCGCAAGACGGCCAAAAUGAUGAGGUAUGGUUUGCCGAACCUAGCCACCAGCACGCGCAGAUGGCGGCACCUGUGGGAGCCAUGGGGCCGGAGAUGGCGGUCGCUCGGGAGCUGCGGCGCAUUGGAGACGAGUUCAACCGCCUGUACUGUCAGGGGGCCGGUGCAGGUGGGAACAACGGGGCCCAGCUGCGCGCUCCCAACGAACACGCCAUCAUCAUGUGGAUGAACGACUUUAUCGGACGUGUAGUACAGUUUUUCCUGCGAAGAAGAUGAUUGACACAUUGAAUGCCCAGCAGACGUGUAGCAGACUUGUAGCAUCGUACAUCACACCCUCGCCUGACUGUAUAUAUGUACAUAAUAAGGGAUAACAGCAGUGCUGCUCUUCCGCAACCUCUCCGGGUUUCGGCGUACAGUUUUGGACCUGUCGGGAUGUGUGCAGACCUGGACGGAUACAUAAAUCGGGAACCCUCAGCCAUCCAUAGACUGACUCACAGCAGUUUCCUGCGUUCACAUGGAAAGCUGAGCCAUUAGAUGCUGUGUUGACGUGGAGGUUUUUGUUGAACCCCAUGUGGAGUGUGGAAAAGGUGCCUUUAUUGCCUGUUUGCCCUUGACACAUCUAUCUUUUUUGUCUUUACCCUGUCUUUUUCUUCAUUGCUUUUAUAUUUAUUUAAUUUGUACAUUUUGUGUAUAAUUUCAUGAACGUGGACGUUAGUCGGUCAAGCGAUGACAUUAGUGGUUCUGCCUGUCGCUCAUGUGUUCAUUGGCUCCAAUUUUGCACUUGCAUUUGGUUUGCUUAGUAUGUACAAAUCAAAUGAAAUAGAAAAUGAUAAUCCCGUAACAGAAAAUGAAGUUGGAAUUGACAAAUUUGUAAUUGAAGACAUGACCGAAAGCAUCAACUAUAUGUAGAAAUUUGACCUAUUUUGUCAAAAACCGUUUGCAAGAUCAAUUACCUUUAGCCAGACUUUCUUGGAUUUGACGUCGGAAAUAUAUCCUCACUUUGAAGCCAUAUAAUUAAAGGCCUUUUCACAUGACUCAUGUCAAUCCCGACACAUCAGGAAACUUUGAAGCGCCAAGCUACUGCAUUGUAACCUUUGGUACAAAUGGGAGGGACACAUUAAAAAACCUGAUUGACUCAUGAAUAUUAAUUAAGUGAUAUGAUGUUCACUCAGUAGUCUAUACUGAUUUGUCAAUACAUUGAUAAGUAGGCGCUAGUAUUAGUUAUAGUAUGGCUGCCACUUCCCAUUUUAGCACACUGCUGGUGCAACCAUUUGGAAGAAACUUCUGCUACAGAUUUGCACUGUAGCCAAGCAAAAAUAACAAAAAUAAUUAUUAUUUCCCAAAAUAUCCCAUCCUUAAAGUGGCUCUGUGAAAUUUUGUGGACAAAAUCCAGUCAUUUCAAUAGGAAUCCACAAAAUUGGGAGUUUCGCAUGAAAUCACGCAGAUUUCACUCGUGUUCAAGUUGGUCAUGCGAAAUUCGCUGUUUUGACCGACAGAAAGCUGCUUGGUUUGAAAGUGACUUCUGUGUGAGCAACAAUGGACAAUAGACCUUUUUUUAUGAAAUUUAGUCGAGUUAUAACCGUUGAUACGGCCUUGCCUGUAACGUUAUUUCAAAUUAUAUUAACUUGAACCCUUUUCGCCGCUGAACUUUCAAAGCAUGUUAUAUUCAACACAACAUCUUGAGCAGUUAAGUUUUGUGAACCUACAUUUGACAAGCCAUUUUUUUCAAUAUUUUUUUCACUAUUUUCCAUUUUUCCUACCAAGCAAGCCAAGAAAAUUGCUUUGCCGCUAUGCCAUCUGCAACUCUUUUCAUGCAAAGGUCAAAGUGCCGCUUUAUGCUUGUGUUUAAAAAUGAGAGUCAUGUGAAAAGGUCUUACGAAUACCUUCAGGUACUCAUAAGUCACAUAACUCAAGCAUUGCUUUACGUUAUUGAAUACCUAAAUAAAUCAAAUUGGACAGGCAAAGGUAGUGUGUAUGUGUAACUAAUAUGGACGUAUUUGUUGUUUUGACACCAUAAACAUUCCACAUUUGGUAUUUCGGUUUUGUUAGAUUCCUUGUUUGGUCUGUUUGAUUUUUUAUUAGAGAGCAAAAGUGACAUUUUGGGCUUGUAAUUGUUGAUUCCAUUAAUGUUCAAACAGCAUGUGAUUAUGUGUAGUUUUGUGAAUCUAGUUUAGGUCAAGGGGUUUUAUUUGGAAAAGCUUUCUCCCAAAGUGGAAGAAACUGCGUUUAAGUGCCUUGCUCAAAGGCACAGUGGUGAUAGAUCAGGAUUUUAUUCACAGAAACGUUGUUUCUGGGUACACCAAAUUUGGGAUUGAAAUUGGCAACCGUUCUAGUUAAUUGCCCAUGUCCACAUUACAACCACUGUUUAACUCCAGCCUUACCCCGAGUCUAACAAACUGGCCUGACUAUAUGACCUUUAACAGCCUCAGGGACUAAGGGAAAUACACCUGUGUAGAUUUCUUGAACAAACCAGUCUUCCAUCUUUACUUUGGCUUGUAGAUUCUCCUCCUGACUUUGCCUUUUAUUACCGUUGUCCCAGUAUUCCAGUAAUCAGUGCACAAGGCUCAGGACAAGUCGUCUAGUAUGUUGGUAUAACAAUGAUGUGUUUUUUGUAGUUGCAAAGAUUAAAAUAUGAACUGAUGUAUUGACUACCUACCAUGAAUGGUAUUGCUGAAAGUUUAAGUCGUCGGUUAGACAAUUCCACGUGUGGAAGACGCAUGGCCCUGUGUUAUCAUAUGCAUUUGUUUGUAUAUCGGUUUGUUGCUCUUUGCCAAAAUGACAAUGUUGAGCUUGUCUACCGUUCCAGGUUUACCACUUGAACCAAAGACCUCCUUUUUCAAUGCGUAGCGCAUUGUGUCAUAUUGCAUGCUUUCAUUCUCUGCCUUUGCCGAAGGAUUCGAGCAGCAUUCCUGUUCUUUAGCUUUUUUUUUUGCCCCCCCCCCAUGAAUUGCCAGCCAACCUGUGUAUUUCUCACUGGACCUCUGACUGAGUCUUUUCAGUCCUGCUGCACUGAACACCCGCAUUACCCGAUCUGACGCCACCCAGGACCCAGUACAUUUGUAGCACAAUGAUAAUUUGUUUUCGUUUGUUUGUUUGUUUGUUAAAUGCAUCUUUUUGUAUUUUGCACUGAACCAUUUAUGUGCUAAUUUGUGCAAUACUGCUGUAAAUAAAAGCCGCUUUUUUCAACUUUC